CGGACGCCCUUCCAGUUGUCGUUUCUCCACGGCCUCACUUUUCCUUCUCACCUCUCCAGCUCUUCUUUUACCAACCCUUCCCUUGGACCUCGCCCCGCGACGUUAAUUGCGUGGUUGUUUUGAAGAAGAUGAUGCUGCCUCGCCGGUGCCCCUCGGCAGCAACCAAUGUGCUGCGUCGACAAGCCGCGCUGGUCCCUUCGUCCACCUCGAAGCGGACCCUGACGCUGUCUGCUUGCGCCGCCACGCUGCCUGUGGCGCCCUUCAGCUCGCGUCGUGCGUUCCAUGUCUCGCCCAUUCACCUUGCAGAGACUGUCAAGGUCCCCCAGAUGGCCGAGAGUAUCACCGAGGGCACGCUCAAGCAGUGGAACAAGAAGAAAGGCGACUUUGUCAAGGCUGACGAGGAAGUCGCAACAAUCGAGACUGACAAGAUCGACGUGUCGGUCAAUGCGCCUCAGUCUGGCACGAUCGUAGAGACGCUGGCAAACGAGGAGGACACCGUCCAGGUCGGAGGAGAAGCCGUCCCAGGACCAGGACCAGGACAAGCAAAAGAAGGAGGAGGACCAGAGCAAGAAGGAGCAGGAGCAGAAGGAACAGGAGCAAAAACAGAACCCAACCAGGACUCGGCGCCUGCGCCUCAUGGCUCGCGCGAAGAGCGCCGCGUCAAGAUGUCGAGGAUGCGCACGCGCAUCGCUGAGCGUCUCAAGCAGUCGCAGAACACGGCUGCUUCAUUGACGACGUUCAAUGAGAUUGACAUGUCUGCGCUCAUGGCCUUCCGCGCUCGCCACAAGGACCGCCUGCUCAAGGAAAAGGGCGUCAAGCUUGGAUUCAUGGGCGCCUUUGCCAAGGCGAGCGCCCUGGCCCUCCAGGAGAUUCCAGCGGCCAACGCCAGCAUUGAGGGUGAAGGCCUGGGCGACACGAUCGUCUACCGCGACUACGUCGACCUCAGCGUGGCUGUGAGCACGGACAAGGGCCUGGUGACGCCUGUUGUGCGCAACGUUGAAGGCCUGUCAAUCAUGGGCAUCGAGGAGGCCAUUUCGGACCUUGGCAAGAAGGCCCGCGACAACAAGCUCACCCUCGAAGACAUGGCCGGCGGCACCUUCACCAUUAGCAACGGCGGUGUCUUUGGAAGCUUGUUCGGAACGCCUAUCCUCAACCUGCCUGGAUCGGCUAUCCUGGGCAUGCACGCCAUUAACCAAAAGCCGUGGGUCGUCGGUGACAAGAUCGAGCCGAGGCCCAUCAUGGUUGUCGCCCUGACGUACGACCACCGGCUGCUUGAUGGACGAGAAGCCGUGACGUUCCUCGUCAAGCUCAAGCAGUACCUGGAGGACCCUGCGUUGAUGGCCCUGUAGAAUCUUUACCUCAAGCGAUAUUGUGCACACCAAUGGGAAGACAGAG